AUGUUGUUCAAGAGACUUUACGCAACUUCUGGCUUCAAGAGGUAUUUGGGGCGUCCUACAAAUAAUCUGACAAGUGGAAUUGUCGGCUUAGCCAACGUUGGCAAAUCAACUUUCUUUCAAGCUAUCACCAACUCGAAACUAGGCAAUCCAGCAAAUUAUCCGUUUGCAACCAUUGAACCUGAAGAAGCCAAGGUUAUAGUACCCAGCUCGAGGCUUCAACAUCUAAAAGACUUAUACCAAAGCUCGAAGCUUAUACCUGCUACUCAUACAAUCUAUGAUAUCGCGGGAUUGACUAGAGGAGCCUCGAAAGGCGAAGGGCUGGGGAAUAAGUUCUUGAAUGAUAUAAGACAUGUCGAUGGGGUCUACCAAGUAGUGAGAGGUUUUUCAAAACAAGAAAUUACUCAUAUAGAAGGCUCUGUUGAUCCCGUAAGGGAUUUGAGCAUAGUUCAAGAUGAGCUUGUCCUAAAAGACUUGGAAUUUCUCGAGGGUAUCAGGGAAAAGCUGGAGCGAAAAAUGGACCGCUGCGGUAAGAACUCACCUGAAUAUGCUCAAAUGUCCGCAGAAUUGGCUUUUCUCAACUCACUUGAGGAACAUAUGUAUGAGGGGAAGAAAAUAGCCCACUUCAAAGAUAGCUGGUCAGAGGAGGAGGUUUCAAUUCUCAACAAGCAUAACUUUUUGACUGCCAAGCCAACAUUAAUCUUGCUGAAUGUUAGCCCAGAAGAUUAUUUGAUGCGGCAAAAUGCUUUCAUUCAUGAUAUCGAGCAAUGGUUAAACGAUUAUUCUCCUGGGGAUGAACUUAUAUUAUUCAGCGCGGAAUAUGAAACUCGCUAUAAUAAUUUCAUGGUAACAGCUGAUGAAAGCGGUUUACAUGAAUAUUGCAAAGGAUUGGUUGGAGACUUGACAAAUACUACGAUCGACUCAGCCCUACCAAGCAUAAUUCUUAAGAUGAGAGAUGCGCUAGGAUUAAUUAGCUUUUUCACAUGUGGACCACUAGAGGUCAGACAAUGGACACUUCGAAGUGGGUCUACGGCUCCCCAAGCUGCUGGUGUUAUUCACUCAGACUUAGAGAAAACAUUCAUCAGUGCGAAUGUGAUUAAAUACGCAGAUUUACAACAGACGGAACCUCCACUGCAGGAAUCCCAUUUGAAGGCCCAAGGGAAGAUCAAAAGGGGUGGUAAGCAAUAUUUGAUGCAAGAUGGAGAUAUCGUACUGUUCAAAGCCGCUCGAGGUAACACCAGAUAA